AUGGAUGCUACGCCACUAAAUGAAGGCAUAAGUGAAGAUAUCAAUGAAGGCAUCAAUAAAGGCAUCAAUGAAGACAUCAAUGAAGGUAUCAAUGAAGGCAUCAAUGAAGACAUCAAUGAAGGCAUCAAUGAAGGUAUCAAUGAAGACAUCAAUGAAGGCAUCAAUGAAGGCAUCAAUAAAGGCAUCAAUGAAGGCAUUAAUAAAGACAUCAAUGAAGGCAUCAAUAAAGGCAUCAAUGAAGGCAUCAAUGAAGGCAUUAAUAAAGACAUCAAUGAAGUCAUCAAUAAAGUUAUCAAUGAAGUUAUUAAUGAAAACAUCAAUGAAGGCAUCAAUGAAGUUAUUAAUGAAAACAUCAAUGAAGGCAUCAAUGAAGUUAUCAAUUAUCAAGUUAUUAAUGAAGACAUCAAUGAAGGCAUCGAUGAAGGCAUCAAUGAAGAUAUCAAUAAAGGCAUCAAUAAAGACAUCAAUGAAGACAUCAAUGAAGACAUCAAUGAAGGCAUCAAUAAAGACAUCAAUGAAGGCAUCAAUGAAGACAUCAAUGAAGGCAUCAAUGAAGUCACCAAUGAAGUCAUCAAUAAAGACAUCAAUGAAGUCAUCAAUAAAGACAACAAUGAAGUCAUCAAUAAAGACAUCAAUGAAGUCAUCAAUAAAGACAUCAAUGAAGGCAUCAAGGAAGUCACCAAUGAAGGCAUCAAUGAAGACAUCAAGGAAGACAUCAAUGAAGACAUCAUUGAAGGCAUCAAUGAAAGUAUGUUGGAGGGCAGCUUGGAGGCUAUGCGAGCUUGUGAACCAAGCCGAGAGGAAAAGGAAUAA